CUAAAGAACUACCGGAAAUGCCCAGAAAGAAGCAAGCUGACCCGUAUUCUGCUAUAGGAAAGACAGCUAGAAAUGGUGACAAAAAUCAUUUUACAAGCAAAAAGGACAAGAAGCCAUUAUCUCUCAAUAUCGGAGAUACAUUCUGUAAGAAUUCCAAUUCUACAUCGAGCAAUGAUAGUGACAGUCUAAGUGAAGACGAUCACAGGCCAUUUAAAUAAGCAGAAAAGGAUCAAUAGCACCACCAUUGAUAAUGAAUUUGGUCAUAAAAGUCUCAGAGCCAUGAGUACUAAAAAGAGAAAGUUAGUGAGAGAAUCGACUGUCCAGAAUUUUAAAAGAGCCUCCAAAGGGAAACCUAUACCUAAAAGAGGAUAUUCUUCAACGAGAAAUAAUCAUUCUGUAACAGCAGUGAGAAGAAGUAAGAUUAUUAAGAAGAAAGGGUAUAAAAUACUCAAGAACCCUGAGAUUGUUAAGCUAGCUCCUUUCUCUACUUCCCUUGUUUCGGGUAAGAAAAGCGGGUGUAGUCAUACUACAAUUCCUACUCCCAAUAGCCGACUAUCUUUUGGGGGUCCUUCAUGUAUGAAGAGCAUAGCUGAGAGGAAUAAAAUUUUAAGAGAGAUUGAAAAUCUAUCAAAGGCUCUACUCACCCAACAAGGACAAUUUCAAAUAGCUGUAGAGAAGAUCAAAGAUGAAAGGAAGAAGCAUAAAAAGACUAAGAAGAAUCUGGAAAAAUAGCGAGCUCAAGAAGGAUCAUAUUGAGUACCUCAAGAGACGCAUAGAGGAUCUUAAAAGAAACGAAGAAAACUUACUCCAAGACCUCGUCCAACAACAAGCAAUCUCUAAGGAUGCUUUACAAGGGCUAGAAAAUCUUCGUGUAAAGUUUGAUGAAGAAAAGACGAUGAUGAAAGAUGAACUCGAGCACUACUAUAAUCUUCUACUUGAACAAGAAAAAAAAAAGAACAGGCAAUUGCAAGAUAGAAUCAGAAAUCUAGAAAGAAUUGAUAGACAAGUCAAAGAUGUGGAGGCUACUAAUUCUGGACUAGAGAGAAGAAACAAUGAACAAAAAGAGACAAUGUACAAUCUCCAGUCCAUGCUUGAAGAAAGCAGAAGAACAGCUAAAGAAUUAGAAGAAAAAAUUGAAGACAAAACAUCAGAGUUAGAGCUCAAGGAAACUCAAUUUAAUGCGAUCGUUAAUGACCUUAAGACCCAACUAAACGAUCUUGAUAAAAAGACAAAUGAGAAGUAUCAGGAUCAGAUCAAAGAACUUCAGGACGAGAACCAAGUGAGAGAGGAAGAAAUUCUUAUGAAAACAAAGGAGAUAGAGAUGCUUCAUUCUAACACUACCUCUAAAUUCUCCCAGCUUGAGAAUAGAAAUGAAGAGCUUGAAACCCAGAUUGACUUAAAAGAAAGAGAAUAUCUUGAGGAAAAAUUCAAGCGUGAAGAACUUGAGAAUCAAGUAAAGAGACUUAAAGAAGAAAUAGAGGAUUUGCAAGAAAAAGAAGUUAUCUCAGCAAAAUAUUGCUUCAAGGAUAGUUAUCUAGGGAAUGCACAGACUCAGCAAAUCCCGCAAUUCAAUAAAGUCGAACCUGAUGACAUCUACGAGAGCAAGAGUCAGAGUAAUGAUAUGGAAUAUGAGAACAUAUAUGGUAAAUUAUCUUCCGAAUUGACAAAUCUCAGAAACGAGAUUAACAAUUUAAAAUCAGAUAGAGGUAGCCAAAGUUCUCCAAAGAAGGCUCCUAUAAGAAGUAUCGCUUACGACACUCUAGACUUGCAGGAAAAUAAAGAUUAUAACACUUAUUACAAGAUGAACUUUAACAAUGAUAAAAGACAAGUUCUAUCACAGAAGAAGGCUCCUCCCAACUCUAAUGCAAAUCUUAACCGGAUUAAGAGCUUCGAUAGCAAUUUUUCAGAAAUGGAGAGGCUAAAUGCUUUCGAGAAAAAUAUUAGAAACCAAAACGAUCUUGAUGCUGCCUUGAGAAUGGAGACUGAAAGUGAAGUUAUGAGCUACAGGCAAAGUGAUAUGGAGAAUAUAAAUAGUGAUCUUGACCCACAAUAUUUGUUCCAGAGUGAAAACCAAAGUCCUAACCAGGAAUCUUACAGGAAUCAGCGGUCUGGAAGAGAAAGUAAUGGGAUCUACUGGGACACUAUAAAUGAGAUGGACAUUAACGAAGAUGGGAGCAAGCAGAGUAAGGUUGUUCCAGGCUUAAAUAUGGAGAAGGUCUUGAACAAGAGAUCAUAG